AUGAGAGAGACCAUCAGCAUCCAUAUCGGGCAGGCGGGCAUCCAGGUAGGGAAUUCUUGCUGGGAGCUCUACUGCCUCGAGCACGGUAUCCAGCCUGAUGGCCUCAUGCCCAGUGACACUUCUGUUGGGGUUGCGAGGGAUGCAUUCAACACGUUCUUCAGUGAAACGAGCGCAGGGAAGCACGUUCCAAGGGCCUUGUUCGUCGACUUGGAGCCCACUGUGAUUGACGAGGUGAAGACCGGGAAGUACCGCCAGCUUUUCCAUCCUGAGCAGCUCAUCUCACACAAGGAAGAUGCUGCAAACAACUUUGCCCGUGGACAUUACACAGUUGGAAGAGAAGUAGUAGAUCUUUGCCUUGAUCGGAUAAGAAAAUUGGCAGACAACUGCACUGGUCUUCAAGGUUUUCUGGUUUUCAAUGCUGUUGGUGGUGGAACUGGCUCUGGCCUUGGUUCGCUACUUUUAGAGCGUCUAUCAGUAGAUUAUGGUAGGAAGUCAAAGCUCGGUUUCACCAUCUAUCCUUCCCCACAGAUCUCAACUGCUGUGGUCGAGCCUUAUAACAGCGUGCUCUCCACACAUUCCCUGAUUGAACACACCGAUGUUGUUGUGCUUCUUGACAACGAAGCUAUCUAUGACAUAUGCAAGAGGUCCCUUGACAUUGAGCGUCCAACAUACACCAAUCUGAACAGGCUUAUAUCUCAAGUUAUAUCAUCUCUUACCACGUCGUUGAGGUUUGACGGAGCCAUUAAUGUUGACAUAACUGAGUUCCAGACCAACCUUGUGCCUUAUCCCCGGAUACACUUCAUGCUCUCUUCGUAUGCUCCAAUUAUCUCAGUGGAGAAGGCCUACCAUGAACAACACUCUGUUCCUGAGAUCACAAAUUCUGUGUUUGAGCCAUCAAGUGUGAUGGCAAAAUGUGAUCCCAGGCAUGGUAAGUACAUGGCAUGCUGUUUGAUGUACCGCGGCGAUGUUGUGCCAAAAGAUGUGAAUGCUGCUAUCCAUUCAAUCAAGACCAAGAGAGCAGUGCAGUUUGUUGACUGGUGCCCUACUGGCUUCAAGUGCGGGAUAAACUACCAACCGCCGACUGUAGUCCCUGGAGGGGACCUGGCCAAAGUGCAACGAGCAGUCUGCAUGAUCAGCAACAACACAGCCGUGGCUGAGGUCUUCUCCCGUAUUGACCGCAAGUUUGAUCUCAUGUUUGCGAAGCGUGCGUUUGUUCAUUGGUAUGUCGGUGAAGGGAUGGAAGAAGGGGAGUUCUCAGAGGCAAGGGAGGAUCUUGCGGCACUGGAGCAGGAUUAUGAGGAAGUCGGAGCUGAAGUUGAAGACGAUGAGGAGGAAGCUGAGUAUUGA